GAGCCGGCACUUCCGCUGGCCGCGCUCACACGGCUGCUGGCGGCGGCGGCGGCGGGAGCGGAGGGCGCGCGCGGCCCGGGGACCCGCAUUCCCCGGCCCCCCCUCCGCCCCACGGCCCGGGAGCCAUGGAUGCCAGGUGGUGGGCAGUGGUGGUGCUCACGGCGCUCCCCUCCCCGGGGGCCGGUGGGGAGACCCCCGAAGCCCCUCCGGCGUCCUGGACCCAGCUGUGGUUAUUCCGCUUUCUGGUGAACGCGGCGGGCUACGCCAGCUUCAUGGUGCCCGGGUACCUGCUGGUGCGGUACUUGAGGCGCAAGAACUACCUGGAGACAGGCAGGGGUCUCUGCUACCCCCUGGUGAAAGCUUGCGUGUUUGGCAACGAGGCCAAGCCUUCCGACGAGGUGCCUCUGACUCCCCGGGCAGAGCCCCCAGAGACCACCCCCACUUGGCAGGCCCUGAAGCUGCUCUUCUGUGCUGGGGGUCUCCAGGCGUCUUACCUGACUUGGGGUGUCCUGCAGGAGAGAGUGAUGACUCGAAGCUAUGGCGCCACACCCACAUCCCCAGGGGAGCACUUCACAGACUCACAGUUCCUGGUGUUGAUGAACCGAGUGCUGGCACUGAUUGUGGCUGGCCUCUGCUGCAUGGUGUUCAAGCAGCCCCGGCAUGGAGCACCCAUGUACCGGUAUUCCUUUGCCAGCCUGUCUAACGUACUUAGCAGCUGGUGCCAGUAUGAAGCGCUCAAGUUUGUCAGUUUCCCCACCCAAGUGCUGGCCAAAGCCUCCAAGGUGAUCCCUGUGAUGCUGAUGGGAAAGUUGGUGUCCCGGCGCAGUUACGAACACUGGGAGUACCUGACAGCUGCCCUCCUCUCCAUCGGGGUCAGCAUGUUUCUGCUGUCCAGUGGACCAGAGCCCCGCAGCUCUCCGGCCACCACACUCUCAGGCCUCAUCCUGUUGGCGGGCUACAUUGUCUUCGACAGCUUCACCUCCAAUUGGCAGGACGCUCUGUUUGCCUAUAAGAUGUCGCCAGUUCAGAUGAUGUUUGGGGUCAACCUCUUCUCCUGCCUCUUCACAAUGGGGUCCCUGCUGGAGCAGGGGGCUCUUCUGGAGGGGACUCGCUUCAUGGGGAGACAUAGUGAGUUUGCUGCACACGCGCUCUUGCUGUCAGUCUGCUCUGCAUGUGGCCAGCUCUUCAUCUUCUACACCAUUGGGCAGUUCGGGGCUGCCGUCUUCACCAUCAUCAUGACCCUCCGCCAGGCCUUUGCCAUCCUUCUCUCCUGCCUCCUUUACGGCCACACCGUCACUGUGGUGGGCGGGCUGGGGGUGGCUGUGGCCUUCAUUGCCCUCCUACUCCGGGGCUAUGCCAAGGGCCGUCUAAAGCAAAGGGGAAAGAAGGUGGCACCUGUAGAGCCCCCAGUCCAGAAAGUCUGAGGGGCGAGUUUCCUCUAUGGUAGCCGCUCAGAGGCUGGCUGGCUCAAAGGCAAAAUGCAGGUUUCCAGUACAUGCCAGCUUAGCAGCUGGACACGGGCAGCCCUGGAGGCAGCCCCCAACCCCCCUUUGCCUUAAGUCACCACCCUUCUUCUCAAGUGUGAUGGAGUCCAAGGUGGACAGAGGGAGGGAGGUCCCAGAAGCCAGGCACCUUCCAAACCCUUCCACCUGCCCUUGUUGACUCUGCCACUUCACCUGUGCUCAGCCCCGACCUGGAAUACGUUUGGGUUCCUCCCAGUGACAUUCUUACUCUGGCGAGAAAAGCACAAGUGUUGUAGGCUCAAAAUGCUGCUUUCCAGGAAAAAGAUGGUGCUGUGCUGGGGUUAAAGGGGUAUCAGCCCAGUAAUGCCACCACCCCCUAUAAUGCUCCUGGGUCACUAAGCUCAGCUCCAUGAGCCAGUUGCAGGUUUUGGUACUUUGGAUAUGUAACUUUUGGCUCUAUUAUAAUUUUAUUUUAUUAAACUGCUGCAAUGUCUUG